UUGAUUUUGCAAACCCCCCAAGAAGGUCGUUCCCACGUCUAAUCUACCCCCCUUUUCAUCUAGAGCUUUUCUUUAAAAGUUUCGCGGACUGUCUCUUAUCUUUUGCGUGCCUUGUGAGCAAAAUGGUUACUAUGCUACACGUAUGAGUGCUAUAUCAGCGCAUUUCACUGGGAUCAUAGUUGUCAUUAGCUGUAAAGCCCACCAAAUGACCAGUAUGGACUUCAACAUUUGCUUAGUACUGAUUUUGGCGAGUCUCUACGGCACAUCUGAUGGAGCUACCAUCAAGGCAAAAUCAGAGGUGAUCUAUCCCAGAAGGCACCACGAGCGUCACGAUAGUCAUAUCUUGUCCACUUCAACCAAGAAUGGUCAUGAGGAUGAAGCAAGUUUCUCAUUAAACGCUUUUAAGAGAAACAUGAUCAUAGAUGUGAAACGGAAUAAAAAGCUCAUUCACCCUUCAUUCUCUCUGCGUCAUUUUGAAAAAGACGGAUCUGAAGUAUUGUCAAAGGUCUCUGCGGACCACUGCCAUUACCAGGGUAGCAUUCGUGGAGAACCCGAUUCUCUUGUUGUACUCAACACUUGUAAUGGACUAAGAGGUAUGGUGGAUGACGGAGAACAAACGUUCCACAUUGAGCCACAGAACGACCCAAAGAAACCUGGCGCACACAAGAUGUACGUCGCGCCAGAAGAGGAUCCCUUCAAGCACGGAAAAUGCGGAAAUCAUGAUCAUGAAGAUAAUGAUGCAUAUGAUGCAUUACAUCCAUCCGCUGAACGCUCUCAUGUCCGCAGGGUUCGCCGUGAGCUUGUGUCCAACAUAGACGAAUUCUACUACGAAUUCCUGACUACAAAUGAAACACGCUAUAACGAACUUCUCUUCGUCGUCGAUAACCUUGUCUACCAACGCUACAACAAUGACACUCAAAUCGUGAUUGAUAAGAUCAUCACCCUGACUAAUGCAGUAGAUGCGAUCUACCAGCGUAUUAACAUCCGUUUAGUCAUCAAGCACGUUGAGAUUUGGACAGAUGGGGACAAAAUGGAGAGACAGGAGUCAGGGGGGGCAGAGCUCGGCAAAUUCCGAGAUUAUCUCAACGCAGAGAUCAGACCAAAUAUAUCGGCAGAUAACGCCCAGUUUAUCAGUCACAAAGGAUGGAUAGAUGGGGUCAUCGGAAUGGCGUGGGUGUUUGGAAUGUGCGGUGGUAACUCUGCUGGUGUAAACAGGUGGGAUUCCGGGAGUGUGAUUGGUCCGUGGAUAGUGGUGGCGCAUGAGAUGGGGCACAACUUUGGAUUUAGUCAUGACAGCGGAUAUUGCAAAUGUCUUACGCCAAGGGGAUGCAUCAUGGGAGGACACAAGACUCGUGUGGCUGGUUUCUCAAACUGCAGCAUGGAGAGUUUGAAAAACGUUAAUGACAAGUGUUUGUAUAAUGUCCCUACUCAGGCAAUUAACGCUCAAUGCGGGAAUGGAAUUCGCGAAGGAGAUGAAGAGUGCGACUGUGGAUCGCCAGAGAUGUGUGAAGCCAAAGACCGGUGUUGCGAGCCACAUGGUUGCCGUCUCAAACGUCAUGCGGUUUGUAGCGACUUGCACCACUCCUGCUGUAGCAACUGCCAGUACAAGUUACAAGGGACUCUUUGUCGUCGAGUGACCAAUGAUUGUGAUGUCCCCGAGUACUGUCCAGGAGACUCACGUGAUUGCCCCGCCGAUUCCUACUUACAAAAUGGUGUUCCUUGUAACAGAACACAAAAGCUUAUCCAAGCAAACACCAACUACAACAGUGUGAUGACAAGAGACCUCCACCCGCGAGUACAGGCUCGAUACUUUCGCUUGAACCCGCAAUACUGGAAAGAUAGGAUGUGUAUGCGGAUGGAGAUGUACGGGUGCUCCACGGACGAAGUCAUCGCCACUGCUGCGACGCCCUUGAAGGCGUACAACGACUACUGCGUGGUGCCUCAAAAUGCGAGCUGUUCGCCACAUGAAGGCUCCAGAAUAGUGUUCCGGUCAGGCUACGAGUGCAAGGAAGCCUACAUGGAGUUCAGCCUAGACGCCACAGGCAUCCUGAGACACACGUGCAGCGGGAGAAAAGUGUGCCCCGAGGGGGGAGGGACAAGUAAAGGAACCAGGCUGGUGAUUGAUAGUUCAUGCAGUGACGCUGACGCAACUUUUACCAGGACUUCAGGAAAAUCUCUAAAGCAUGUAAGAACUGGGUACUGUAUCCAUCCAAACGGAGGCUACCCUGGAAACGAGGUGGAACUGUUACUUUGGUCUGGAUGCGAUGACCAACGUCUCGAGCUUUGGUUUAUGAAACAAGACUGUGUCCUUCCACUUGGUUUACGGAAUGGUGACAUCCCUGACAGCCAAAUCACUGCAUCUUCCUACCGCUCGAAUGAUUUCCCGUACUAUGCCAGACUGCAAAAAUCCACUUUUUGGUGCACGGAUGAGGAGGAUAAGAACCAGUACCUUCAAGUCGACCUCGGAGAGAUGAGGACGGUUUCCCGUAUCGCCACUCAAGGUCGUGGAAACUGGUACAAUUGGGUAUCAGCUUACUAUCUGUUCUACAGUCAGGACGGUCAACAUUGGACACCUUACAGUGAGCAGGGAAUUCAUUCAAACUCGAUGUGCUAUUCGGGUCAAUGCUCUGAGAGGCCAGACACUCAAUGCAGGGAUCUCUGGGGAUCAGCUGCCAGUAAUGGUGCUCAGGGCUGUUACGACAAACUGAAUACUGAAGCUCUCGGAUACGGCACGUGCGCCGACAACGCCAACACCUCGUGUGCAACAGUGGACGUGCUUUGCGGUCAGCUUCAAUGCUCUAGUCCAAGCGGUUCGCCGGUUGUCGACUAUGGAAGCGCCUACCAGGUGUUCUUUCUUGAUGACGGUUCUAGAUGCAGUGCCGCAGUUCUCAAGAGUACUGACACUCUCGGUCAGGGCAUGGUAGCUAGUGGAACCAAGUGUGGCGAUGGGAAGAUGUGUUUUAACUAUCAGUGCCAGACCUUGGCUGGGCUGGGGAUCUCAAGUUGCCCCUCGGUCAACGGCAAGGAGUGUGCUGGACGAGGGGAAUGUACAAACACUGGUGUGUGUCAUUGUGAGUCAGGAUAUGACCCUAGCACCAACUGUGGGACAGUGGUCGCGCCUCGUGAUGGCGGGUUCAGCGCAUGGUCGAAUUGGACCGAAUGCUCACGACAAUGCGACGUAGGCACUCGAGAACGUCAUCGAUUCUGCAACAACCCUUACCCUGCCCAUGGUGGCAAUGAUUGUACGGGGGAGAGAUUCCAGGAAGAAGACUGCCAAACACAAGCUUGUCCAGUUGCGACGUCUUGCAAACAUCUUCAAAAGGUCGCCACAGCAUGCGGACUCAAGCUCGGCGAUGGCAUUUAUAAGAUCUACCCACCAGGCAGUUCGAACCAAACAGUUAUGGCGUAUUGCGACAUGACGCGCGACGGCGGGGGCUGGACACUACUCGUCACCAGUCACACCAAUACAUGGACCGCUGACAAUGUCCGGCUGCGGAACGAGGGCUCACCGAGUUUGAAGAGUGAUUACUCUAUUUUGCAGCACGCAAACAGCAUUAAAAAUCAGAUAAACAUUGCUGGAGGAGAAUUUGAGUACCGUCUGGAGGCUCAAAAUAGAGGUCGCUGGGGCGGAAUCUGGCGAGCACCGCGGAGCUACACAUUCACGGCUACCGACAAUGGGCAGACAAACGUGGAACUGGAAACAAAGUUUGAUAACUGGGUGUACUCCGACAAAGGGAUUGAGAAACGAAUGCCGUGGAUUUCUGGCGCCAAACUGACGACCUCAAGAAGUGCUACGAGUAAUUGGUGGGGAUCCAUCACAGGCGAUGUGUAUAACUACCACCCUGCCCCUUGGAUCCAGGGUAACCAGAUGGAGGAGCAGCCAUCGCACAUCUGGUACUGGAUGAGAGAGGGAGACUACAGGUUACCCCGCUCCUGUAUGGAGGUUCAGAUGAGAGGGCUCCAAACAGUCCCUGCAGCAAAUGGUGUUUACACAAUUGAACCCCCUGGCGCGAGCCCGGUCAAGGCGUACUGCGACCUGACAUCUCAGGGCGGGGGCUGGACACUAGUCGCCACCAGUAAGACUCACACCGGUUGGAGCGCGGACAAUGUCAAAAACAGGAAUCCCAACAACCCAUCUUUGAACGCUGACUACUCAAUACUGGCAUUUGCGGACUCAAUAAAGAACUUCGAUACUUCCCAGGACUACUUCCAGUAUAAAAUUGAAGCCGAAAACAAGAACACAUUCGGCGGAAUCUGGAACGCACCAAGAUCCUACUCAUUCCUCUCAACUGGUGACAAUCAGACAAAUGUUGAACUCGUAAAAGAGUUAGGUAACCUUCCAGCUGAUAGCAAACUGCGCCGGUUGAUGCCAAGACUCGGCCUGUCGGAGCAUGUGUUCCUGACCAGUGCGUCCAAUACAAGUGAUCCCUCCGGAUCUCUGAUCUACAACACAGAUGCUAGCCACUCCGCAUCCUACCUCCCGGGAGUCAACCCAAGCACGGGCGUGGUCUGGUACUGGAUGAGAGAGGGGUCCAGGAAAUCGUGUAACGACAUCAAAGUGCAUGGUGUACGAAGUGGUAACUCCUACAAGGAUGGGUACUACAUGGCCACCUUACUGGGCCACGCCCAGUACCUCCCUGUCUACUGCGACAUGACGUCGGAGCCUGGUGCCUACACCCUCCUCGUCACCAGUCGACACAACAACUGGAGGCGUGAGCAGGUCCCUAUGAGGAACCAGAUGCGACCCUCGUUAAACGACGAUUACUCCAUCCUUCAAUACGCGAACAAGAUUCGAGACCUCGGUAACAAUGCCACCUUCGAGUACAAACUAGAAGCCAACCAGAGAGGGCACUGGGGCGGGGUCUGGGUCGCACCCAGGGAUUACAGCUUCAUGUCAUUAGACAAUAGCCAAACAAAUGUCCAACUGGUGAAGCGAUUUGAUGCGUGGGAGCCCGUGUGGUGGAAAGGGAUCAAUGACCGAAUGCCGUGGUUCUAUUCGGAUGGCAUAGAAAACAAAGCUCUUUUGACCGCCGCGACGGACCCGAUUAACUACCCCACAGGGUCUAUUAUCUGGGGCGGAAUUGAUCAUUUCCCUGCUCAGUGGAUGAGAUAUGGUGACAUGCUCGACCCUGGAGUGAUAUGGUACUGGGUGAAUGAGGAUGACUGCGAUGCUAACAGGCAGCCUGUUCAUGGCGGUCUAUCUGAGUGGAGUUCUUGGGACAAGUGUGACAAGCUCUGUGCCGAUGGACAACAAAGAAGACAUCGCAGCUGUACCAACCCCAAACCGAGAUGUGGAGGGAAAGACUGCACGGCGCUGAACCUGCCAACAACUGAAACACAGGCCUGCUACUCAUGCGAUGAGAGUCCCAUUAGAAGUUACGGUGGUUACUGUAUCAUGCCAAAGAGCGCCGACUGUAACCCUGUGGUGGACACUACGACGUGGACACAUGCGCUCGUCUUCCAUGCCUACGAUACGAACUGCACCGCGAAGUACAUGAACUUCGUCAUCGACUCUGACGGGAUCAUCUAUCACCGGUGCAGCGGGAAAGUGGUUUGCCCCGAGGGUGAUGAGCCUUACCCAUCUUAUGGUAAGAAGCUGGUCCUAAAAGACUCCUGCCCGAUAGAUGUGUCCAGGCACAGACGUCUCGCUUCUAAGUCUCUACAAAACAUCAGGAACAGCUAUUGCGUGCAUCCUUCAGGGGGUUAUGCAGGGGAGGGCAAAAACUUGGUUUACUGGAACAGCUGCAAUGAAGAUAGACUUCAACUCGAUUUCUUUAAACUCCCGGUGCCUUGAAGGAUGAAGAUCGUCAUAUUAUCGGAUGCCUUGUCUAGCAGCAAGAUAGAGUUAGUAAUUAGACAUUUUGGGGUGAUUAGGAAUAAGAGUAAUGUGAUUAAAAAAAGGUUUGAUAUAUGGUGGGAAUAAAAUCAAAUGAGCAUUAA